AAGACAUCGAUUAUGAUAAAAAUGGAAAUCAAGUGAAACGUUUCAGUUAUGGUAAUAAUAGUGAUCAAAAGCCAAUAUUAUAUAAAGCGAGCUCUGUUGCAACUAUAGGCUAUCCUCAGUCAUCAAAUUAUAAUGCCAAUGAAAAAAAGAUAAUUAAAAGAAGCUCAUCAAAAAUAAAUUCUUUGAAACAGGUGAAUGAUAAUUUACAAGGUAUCAUUCUCUUAUAAUAGAACAUCGAUGGAUCUAUUGAAUUCGCAACAGUCGAAAUUGCCUAUACCUACUACUGUAACAUACCCACAAACGUCUACAAAGAUUCAAACUCAUACAGAUACUGAAAUGGAUAAUAAUGUGGGACCUCGAAUGAUAAGGACAAAGAGUCAUCAAUCAAAUGUAUCUGUUACAUCAUCUACAAAUAACACUAGUAGUCAAUCGCCUCCGACAUUGGCAUCUGCUUCUUCUGGUAGUAGUGAAAAUCAAUCAAGACAGCAGACAAGAAGAAGUGAAAGUAGUUCAUCAUUAAGUUCUUUUAGUGACGACAGCGAAAAUAAUGAAAAUAGAUCCUGUUACUUGGCACGAAAGUUAUCUAAUGAAAGUGUAUUAUUAUCACCUGCAGCUGAGAAGCGUCUGAGCAGUAAUACUAGUACUAUUCCUAGGAAAAAUAAGCAAGCGAUGAAAGAAGAUAUGAUUAUUAUGCUCCAAAAUGAAUUAAAAAAGGAGAAAUCUUUUAUACAAUCCUUACAAGGACAAAAAGAGGCAAUUGCAAAGGAUUUAGACUAUUUUUGUAAACUAGUAGAUGAUAUUACAGAUGAAAAAGACGAAUUUAAAAGAAAAUAUGAUGAAGAAAAGCUUCAAAACGAACUCUUGAGAAAUGUCAUUGCUGAUAUGGAAGCAAAUAACGCAAUAGCAAAUAAAAGUAAUGUCAGCAAUGAAAGUUUAAUGCUCACUAUAUCCGAAAUGAAAAAGGAAACAAUAGAUUUAAAACAGCAGCUAUCAAAUGAUAAAUGUUUGUACACUCAAGAUUUAGGUUUGAAAAACAAUGAAAUUAAUCAACUUAAGGCUCACUUAGAACAAACCCAAAGACAAAUUCAAAUAUUGCGAAAAACAAUGGAACAAUUGCUGAAAACUGAUGGGAAAACCUUUAGUGAUGAUAUUCAUGAAUUUAGUAAAGAACUGACGAGAAAACGAAGUUUCAUGAUAGAGCAGAAAUAUUAUGAAGACUAUCUUAAUAAAUCGAAGGACGAGUACUCAUUUUUACCGUCAUCUUGUUAUCCAAAUCAAUAUGUAAUACCAUUCAAUAGAACUGAUAAUAGUAUUGAUAAUCAACAAAGGCCUACUUCUUUAAGAUCAAUGCCUGAGGAUUUCUCUAUAAAGAUGGAAUUAUCAAAAAGACGUAAAGAACAAUUAAAGGAAAUAUUAGGAGAAGUAGAUUCUCAAUUAAACAAAGUUAAACGGAAGGUUAGACCUUCUUUUGACACAUAAUCAAACUAAACAAUUUGCACUAGUUCGUACCAUUUUCUUUUCUUUCCCUCUUACUUUUUAAGC